UCUGUUUAUUAUUUCAAAUAUUGUUUAAUUUUUUCUAUUAUCUUUAUUGGAUUUUGUCCGCCUUUCAAUCCGGAUCCACUUAUCACGAAAUAAUUUACCUUUUAUCGAUUUCAUUCGUAAUGACAUCGGCUUCAAAUUCGAAUUCUAGUUACAUUCCGACGACUACGUUGGACAUACCGCUACCAUUUACCAAUUCAUUGACAACGAUUCCAUCGACGACUGCGGUUACGACGAAUCAAUCUUAUGGUUCAUCUUAUCCCUCAUAUAUCGAUCCAAAUCUUUACAAUUCACAAUAUUAUCAGCAAUAUUAUCAACAGUAUUAUGCCCAAUAUGGUUAUGGACCUCAACAGACACAGGCUAUGGGAGUUUAUUAUCCCCAUCCGACAUCAGCCACAACAACGGCCACUGCAUAUCCGUCUACACAGGCCAGUUAUCUGCCAACGAUGAUGAAUGCUGCUGCUGUCGCAGCUGCCACACAUGUUAAAUCAAAUGCUAAAAAUAAUUCUUCAGGCAAAGAUUCAUCUGGCAAUGAGGAUGAUGAUGAUGAUCCAACUAUUGCCAAACCGAAUCAACCAAAAUUGUCCAAUAUUCUUAAUUAUAGUUGUAAUGAAAAAAUGGGCCUAAAUCCUUUAAUCUAUACAAAUAUACAACAAAGUCCAUAUUUUAAAAAUAAUUUAUUUCAGUUGAAAACAUAUAAUGAAGUUAUCGAUGAAAUUUACUAUAGUGUACGACAUUUAGAACCAUGGGAAAAAGGUUCCAGAAAGGUUAGCGGACAGACGGGAAUGUGCGGUUCGGUUAGAGGCGUCGGUGCUGGCGGUAUCAUCUCUACCCCAUUUUGUAUCCUUUAUAAAUUAUUUACGUUAAAACUUACACGUAAACAGGUAAUGGCCAUGAUCCGGCAUAAAGAUUCUCCAUAUAUUCGGGCAUUAGGAUUUAUGUAUAUUCGUUUUACACAAUCACCACGCGAACUAUGGCAUUGGUUCGAACCAUUUAUGGAAGAUGAUGAACAAGUGGAUCCGAAAGCAGGUGGUGGAUCACCAAUGACGAUUGGUCAAAUGGUUCGCCAUUUUCUUACAAAAUUGGAAUGGUUUUCAACAUUAUUUCCACGUAUACCAAGACAUGUACAACUGGAAAUUGAAAAGAAAUUGAACAAAUAUGAUGCUGAAAUGAAAAAACAUCCCGUUAAAAGUAAUAAAAAUAAUAAGAAUGAUAAUAAUGUUAAUAAAAAACAUGAUGCUGAUGAGGAACUAGAAGAAGGAGAAUUAAGCCCUAAUAAUGAUCAGGAUCAUAAUCAAAAGAAACAAAAUCGAAAUCAUCAUCAUAGUGGUGGCGGUGGGGGACGUAAACGAUCAAGAUCACCACAAUCAAAAUCUUCAUCGGCUAAACAUCCGCAUCUAAAUAUUUUUAUUGGUCUUGGCCAUUCAGGAUAUGAUCGUGAUAUUGAGAUUGCCGAAAAAGUUCCCGAUUUGGAUGUGAUUGUGGGUGGACAUAGUCAUAGCUAUUUAUAUAGUGGAAAAAAUUUUCCUUCAAUCGAGAAACCUGAAGGUCCAUAUCCAACCAUUUUUGAACAUGCAAUCAAAACAAGUAGCUAUGAAAAUAAUGGAACCACAUUGAUUGUACAAGCAUUUGCUUAUGGAAAAUAUAUUGGUAUUUUAAAUCUUACAUUCAAUGAUGCUGGUCAAAUCGUUAAAUAUACUGGUGAACCGAUUCUAAUGAGUCAUAACAUCCCGGGAGACGUGGAGACUGAAACAAUUCUUCGAAAGUUUAACGACCAAUUAUCUAUAAAAUAUAAUGAAACAUUUGGUAUGGCCACCGAAGCAUUCAUACAAAAUACAUGUAGAUCAAAGGAAUGUUCAUUAGGAAAUCUGAUUACUGAUUCUUUUGUCAAUCAUUUCAGUAAUUUACAAAAAAAAGAAAAAGUACGACAAAUUCGUCAAUCAAAUAAUGGUGCCUGUAAAUUGAUGGCAUUGAUAAAUGGUGGAAACAUUCGUACAAGUAUCGAUAAGGGUCCAAUCACAUAUCGGAAAUUGAUUUCUGUACUACCAUUUACUAAUAAUUUAGGAUUGUUAACUGUUACUGGAUCGGAAUUAUGGGACAUUUUAAAAAAGUCAGCUAACCAACAUGAUCGUGGUGGUUUUCUACAAGUAUCAGGUGUACGUGUUACAUUUGGUACGACGUCAUCUAAAACUGUGAUUAAAAAAUCCAAGUUAAUUAAUGUUGAAGCAUUUUGUGAUGGUAAAUGGACACCUAUAAGCAAAGAAAAUACAUUUCAAGUAGUUAUUACUAAUUUCUUAGCAAAUGGUGGCGAUAAUUAUACAAUCAAUAUCAAAAACUGGCAAGAUUAUCAAUUAGUUGAUCGUGAUAUAUUGAGUGAAUAUAUUCGAAAACAACAGAAAAUAACUCCAAUCUUGGAUAAUCGUAUCCAAUUCAUUGUUGAUAAUCAAAACAAUUCUUCACAAACGUUGAAUUACAAUUUGUUUCUAACAUUUGUCAUAGCAAUACUAUUUUUUAUCAAAUCAAGUCACAUUUAG